CUUCCGCCCCGCGACAAGAUGGCGGUGCCCGCGCCGUGCCACGCAGACUUCCGCCCGGCGCCGAGGCCCGGGGCCGACCGCCGGUCGCCUCGGAGGUGAAGUCGGGACGUGCGUGGUGCGGAGCUGCAGCCUGGGUGCGCUGAGGCACCAUGUCAGAAGGAGACGCCGCGGGCGAGCCGAGUGCUCCAGGAGGGCCCCGACCCCUCCUUUCUGGGGCGCGGGGGCUUAUCGGGCGGAGGCCGGCGCCUUCCCUCACCCCGGGCCGUCUUCCCUCCAUCCGCUCCAGGGAUCUCACCCUCGGGGGAGUCAAGAAGAAAACCUUCACCCCAAAUAUCAUCAGUCGGAAGGUCAAGGAAGAGCCCAAGGAAGAAGUAACUGUCAAGAAGGAGAAGCGUGAUAGGGAUAGAGACCGACAGCGAGAGGGCCAUGGACGGGGCCGGGGGCGCCCAGAAGUGAUCCAGUCCCACUCUAUCUUUGAGCAGGGCCCAGCUGAAAUGAUGAAGAAAAAGGGGAACUGGGAUAAGACGGUGGAUGUGUCGGACAUGGGGCCCUCUCACAUCAUCAACAUCAAAAAGGAGAAGAGGGAGACGGAUGAAGAAACAAAACAGAUUCUGCGUAUGCUGGAGAAGGAUGAUUUCAUCGAUGACCCUGGGCUGAGGAAUGACACUCGAAAUAUGCCUGUGCAGCUGCCGCUGGCUCACUCGGGCUGGCUUUUUAAGGAAGAGAAUGAAGAACCAGAUGUUAAAACUUGGCUGGCUGGCCCCAAGGAAGAGGACAUGGAGGUGGACGUGCCUGCUGUGAAAGUGAAAGAGGAGCCACGAGAUGAGGAAGAGGAGGCCAAGAUGAAGGCUUCCUCCAGAGCAGCCAGGAAGACCCCGGGCCUCCCGAAGGACGUAUCUGUGGCAGAGCUGCUCAGGGAGCUGAGCCUCACGCAGGAGGAAGAGCUGCUUUUCCUGCAGCUGCCAGACUCACUCCCUGGCCAGCCGCCCACUCAGGACGUCAAGCCUAUCAAGACGGAGGUGCAGAGCGAGGACGGACAGGUGGUGGUUAUAAAGCAGGAGAAAGACCGGGAAGCCAGGCUGGCGGAGAAUGCUUGUACCCUGGCCGACCUGACAGAGGGUCAGGUCGGCAAGCUGCUCAUCCGCAAGUCGGGGAAGGUGCAGCUCCUCCUGGGCAAGGUGACUCUGGACGUGACGAUGGGGACCACCUGCUCUUUCCUGCAGGAGCUGGUGUCCGUGGGCCUUGGAGACAGUAGGACGGGUGACAUGACGGUCCUGGGACACGUAAAGCACAAACUUGUAUGUUCUCCCAAUUUUGAAUCCCUGUUGGAUCACAAACACCGGUAAAAGGAGCAGAUGGAGGAUGGCGGUGGUUGUGUCCACGGCUGCUGCCUGCUCCAGACGUUUUGUUCUCAAAUCUGUUCAACCCAGAAGGCGCCUGUUUAGCCCACCCACUCCAGCCAUCGUCCCAGUUUUCCCCACAUGGCUCCUUCCCGCAGCAGCUGUGAACGGCGCAGUGACCUUCCCGCAGCACGGAAACUGCACACCCUCACUGCUGGGGGGCUUGUCCCUGCUAUUUAUUUUUAUAUUUAUGGCUUACCUCUUCAACUGACUGCACCCUCCCCAGGUGGAGAGGCCGCACGGUCUGGGAAGGGACGGGCUCCUUCUCUAGGUGACGUCUUUGCUCUCAGGGUAGGAAGUGUAAGGACAGCUGCUGCUGCUGCUCCCGCCUUCCUCCCAACAGGCGGCACCAGAGAGAGAGCAGGGACUUCUCGAGUCUGAGACUCAGCCCCAGCCCUGCCCAUUACUAGUUGUGUGAUUGACAAACUACCUAACGUUUCUGAGCCUCAUAUUCCUCAUCUGACAGAAAUGAGGACGAUACCUACCUCACAGGGUUGGCAUGAGGAUGCAGUGGAAUAUUGUCGAUGAAAACUUGCACAAGGCCGGACAUACACAGUAGGCGCUCAAUAAAUGUUAGUUUAGUUUCCCUUCGA